UCCGGUGGGAAACCUCAGUCAGAUUUCAACACCCAACAGGUUCACAGCAAAAUUUAGGGAACUAGGCAGAGCAGGCAGGAAAAAAUGAGCAAGGAAAUCCCUUUGGCAACCGUCCAGAAGCACAACAAGCCCAACGACCUCUGGCUGAUUAUCGACAACAAGGUCUACGAUGUGACCAAGUUCCUUCACGAGCAUCCCGGUGGCGAGGAGACCCUCAUUGACGUGGCCGGACGCGAUGGCACCAAGGCAUUCAACGACGUGGGUCACAGCUCCGAGGCGAGGGAAAUCCUGAAGAAGUUCUACAUUGGCGACUUGGCUGCCGCCGAUAUCCAAAAGAAACGGCCAGUAAGCUGCCGUCAGAUCGGAUUGGCCCUGGGUGCCGCCUUCCUGGGCAUCUCCCUCAUUUAUGUUAUAAGGCGCGGACUAGCCAGGAACUAAGUAGAACUACUACCAUGCGCCUUACUCAGCUUCAUUCCGUGAUUCCACCACUAAAUGACCCAGACGAUCAACGACUUUUCAAACUUUAAUAAGAAAUAAAUUGUACAAAUCAAACAAAUCAUGUUCCGCAUUUUACUUAAAAUAGAAAAGAACUUAAAAAUAAUCAAAUAAAAAGAAUUUGUUGCAA